ACAUCCUGGCAGGGGUCUCAACUCCACUAAUAGCUAAAGGAUGUCGCGGUUUGAAUGCUGGAUACUUUAAGGUUGCCAGUUUGUGGCUGAAGUCCUUCCCAGAACGGCAGUAGUUGGUCGAGUAUGCCACAGGUUAUCUGGUUGGUAUGAAAACCCAUGGACAAUCCCAAAUAUGUUGUCAAUGACAAGAAUUGGCUUGGCCCCAGUUUUGGGCUAUUUGAUUGUUGAGGAGGAUUUUAAUAUUGCCCUAGGAGUUUUUGCUUUAGCUGGGCUAACUGAUUUGUUGGAUGGAUUUAUUGCUCGAAACUGGGCCAGUCAAAAGUCAGCUUUGGGAAGUGCUCUUGAUCCACUUGCUGAUAAAAUACUUAUCAGUAUCUUAUAUGUUAGCUUGACCUAUGCAGAUCUUAUUCCAGUUCCACUGACUUAUAUGAUAAUUUCAAGAGAUGUAAUGUUGAUUGCUGCUGUUUUUUAUGUCAGAUAUAGAACUCUUCCAACACCGCGAACACUUUCUAAGUAUUUCAAUCCUUGCUAUGCCACUGCUAGGUUAAAACCAACUUUCAUCAGCAAGGUAAACACAGCAGUCCAGUUAAUCUUGGUAGCAGCUUCCUUGGCAGCUCCAGUUUUCAAUUACGCUGACAGCAUUUAUCUUCAGAUACUGUGGUGUUUUACAGCAUUCACCACAGCUGCAUCCGCUUACAGUUACUAUCAUUAUGGUCGAAAAACUGUUCAGGUGAUAAAGGGCAGAUGAAGGCCACCCAGCAUCAUUAGCAGUAUCCGUCGUCGGUGGUAGGGCCGGCGGAAACCCGCAGGACUUUCCGUAUUUGGGUGUUCAGCUUGAAAAAGGACUUGUCAGAACAAACCAUGUCAUCCAGAUUCAAGUAAUGUGCAUUGAAAAUAAGUUUGAUCAUGGGCAUAUGCAGAAUUUCCAAUGUAUUUUUAAAUACAAAUAAAACUAUAAUUUAGAAUUUUU